AUCGGAAACAUCUGAAUUCUAGUCCUCGUUUUCAGCUGAGCAACAGAAAAUGCAAAAGGGAUCAUUGCAAAGUGGCUUUUGGGUACUGUAAGCUGCUUGGAUCCCAAGGAAGGAAGACUGACAAGCUUUAUCGUGUGUUUACUGUGCUACUCAAACCCUUGCCUGCCGGCGGACGGCCCUGACACCAGGGCACCGCGCUGAUCCUGAGGGUUGUGCGCGUGGGGCCAGGCUGGUGAGACUCGUGGGAGCGGAUGAAAUCUGUGGCACCUGGAUCAGAAACCUGUCAAGAAGGUUGAACAGAGUAUCUGCCAAGCACGAGCUGCUGUAAUGGUCUAUGAUGAUGCCAAUAAGAAAUGGGUACCAGCUGGUGGAUCAACUGGAUUCAGCAGAGUUCAUAUAUAUCAUCACACAGGCAACAACACAUUCAGAGUAGUGGGCAGGAAGAUUCAGGAUCAUCAGGUGGUAAUAAAUUGUGCCAUUCCGAAAGGACUGAAGUACAAUCAGGCUACACAGACCUUUCACCAAUGGCGUGAUGCAAGGCAAGUCUACGGUCUGAAUUUUGGCAGCAAAGAAGAUGCCAAUGUCUUUGCAAGUGCCAUGAUGCAUGCCUUAGAAGUAUUGAAUUCACAGGAAGCUGGUCCUACGUUGCCUCGACAGAAUUCACAGCUUCCCUCUCAAGUACAAAAUGGUCCGUCACAAGAAGAAUUGGACAUCCAGAGAAGACAGUUGCAAGAGCAACAAAGGCAAAAAGAGCUGGAACGAGAGAGGCUGGAUCGUGAACGAAUGGAACGGGAGAGACUGGAGAGAGAAAGGCUAGAAAGGGAGAGACUUGAAAGAGAGCGCCUUGAACAGGAACAACUGGAGCGAGAACGGCAAGAAAGGGAACGGCAAGAGCGCCUAGAAAGGGAGAGACAGGAAAAAGAGAGGCAGGAUCGAGAAAGACUUGAACGACUUGAACGGGAAAGGCAAGAAAGAGAACGGCAAGAGCAGUUGGAAAGGGAACAAUUGGAAUGGGAAAGAGAGAGAAGAAUUUCAAAUGCUGCUACCCCUGCCUCUGUUGAGAACUCUCUAAACUCUGUGCUGGGAGACUCCUCUGCUUCUGAGCCAGUCUUGCAGGCAGCCUCUCAGCCGAUUGAACCUACGACCCAGCAGGGUGUUGUCCAAGGACCACCUGCACCUCCUCCCCCACCCCCGUUGCCCCCUGGCCCAUCUCAGUCUUCGGCAGCAGCCCCACCUCCUCCAGGCCCACCACCACCACCUCCACUUCCACCUUCAGGGCCUCCACCACCACCACCACCUCCUCCUCUUCCUAGCCAAGUACCUGCUGUUCCCCUCCCACCUCCUGCUCCCCCCCUUCCUGCCUCUGGAUUUUCCGUUGGAUUUAUGUCUGAAGAAAAUCGCCCUCUAACUGGACUAGCAGCUGCACUUGCUGGAGCCAAACUUCGGAAAGUGUCACGGGGUGAAGACUCCUCCAGUUCAAGUGGAGGAGGAGGCUCUGCUCCAUCUAAAACAGACAGUGGCCGUGGAAAUGGGCCACUUCCCCUGGGAGGCAGUGGCUUGAUGGAAGAAAUGAGUGCCCUGUUGGCCAGGAGGAGAAGAAUUGCUGAAAAGGGAUCAACAGAACCAGACCAGAAAGAAGACAAGACCGAAGAAUCAGAGUCUUCGACUUCUAAGGCUUCUUCAACAAGCACACCUGAACUAACAAGAAAGCCUUGGGAAAGAACAAAUACAGUGAAUGGAAGCAAGUCGCCUGUUAUAUCCAGACCAAAAUCUACACCAACGGGGCAACCCAGUGCCAAUGGAGUACAGUCAGAAGGUCUAGAUUAUGACAGAUUGAAGCAGGAUAUUUUAGAUGAAAUGAGAAAGGAGUUAACGAAAUUAAAGGAGGAACUCAUUGAUGCUAUCAGGCAGGAACUGAGCAAGUCGAAUACUGCAUAGAAAGACUAGUACUAAGCCGAUGUGACUCUUUAACUUGAUAUAAAACUGACUACGUUUUGUGAGCUGUUAGAAGAAAAUGGAGACAGACACUUGGAAGGAGGGAGAAACAACAUAUUCUGAAAAGCUUCAGGCACAUCACUCUGGUGAUACGCUAUUUUCCUCCUAGUUUGCAGCUUUUUUCUGACCUUUACAGCAAGGUGGAAAAGAGUCUUAAAGUUACUGUAAUGGUUGUGCAGAAUUUCAUACACCUAUCAGACAAGAUCACAGUGCUUUGAAGUAUACUCAUGACAAGAUAAAAUUGCACAUGUUUCAGAAUUUGUUGUUACACAAAACAAACAAACAGGGAAAAGCUUGGGAAGGCUUUUCAGAGAGGUUUUCUUUAUUAAUGAAGGAUUUAGCAAGUUAUACUGUUGUACUUCAAAUGAAUCUCAGGUUUGUCUUCCUAUCAUAUCUGGUAUUUCCAUGAAUAAUUUAAAAGAUCAGAUGUGUAUAAGUUCAGUUCACAAAAUAAUGGAAUGAUGAGAAAUAUGUGCUUUUUAAGGGCAGUAUUUGUAAGUGAAUAACCUAGACAGGGAUCACAUGUUGAGUUUUUGGAAUUUUAUGAUAGGAAGCCUCUCUAGUUAGCCUUCAUGCAAUUUUAUAGGAAAAAAAAAAGCAAAUACAGUCCAGAGUUUAAAGAUGUAGAUGCCUUCCUACAUUGUUACAAUGCUUUACCAAAUCUAAGACUUCUACAUAAUGCGAAUCAGCAGUCAAAUGUAAAUCAUUAGUAUGUUGUAGAUUUACAGUAGAUUUUUGGGCUUUUUUUAGAUUUAUGCAUGUGGACAUUUUUGUAAUGUAACACAACACAGCUUUUUAAUUAAAAGAAAAAUUGCAUGUCACAGAUAUUAAGUAGCCUUUUUAUUUUUAAGGCUUAAUUUAUGCCCAGAAAAAUGUGGGAUGAGGGAGGGGGAAGGCGACACAUUUUUAUUACUUUCUACACUUUUUCUUCAUCUUACAUGCAUGUGUAAUAAUGAGGAAAAUGUGACUUUUAUCAGUAACCAUGUUAAUGGAACCAGGUACUUAAUCCUUUUUAUAUCUUUUUUUUUUUUGUUUUAUAUUUGAAAUUCAGUAAUACUUCCAUAAUGGUUCUGAAACUCCCAUGUGAAUCUAACUCAUUUCUUGGCAAGAGAACAAACACUUAGACAUCUGAAUUGCUGAGGAUGCACCUGUAUAAGUGCAUUGUUCUUUAUCUUUUUACCAUGACCUUCUGCUUCACGGUUUUCUGAGACUACUUUUUUGAUUGCUUAAUGAAACAAGACAACAGUUAGUUGCAUUAGAAUAAUGGAGCAUGAGGUCACAGUAAAUGUCCCCUUCUUCUAAUUUAUCUGCCACUUUCCUUGGGGGAGGGAUGGGGGUGGGGCAUGACAAAAACAAACAAAUGAAAAAAACAGCUGCUCCAAAACGCAAACUCUGGAAAGUGUCAGUGGUAUGUCAUUGGUUUCAGUCACUAAAUCGGGAAUUAUUUUUGGGAGAGAUGACACCCUUAUAUUUCCCCAGAUUUUCGGUUUUUGUUUGUAAUUGUUUUAAUGUGGUACAGUUCAGUGGCAUAUAAAUUCUGUGAAUGGGAUCUGUAAUGCUUUUGGAAAAACAAUACGGAUCAAAAUCUUCCCAUUUCUUUUGCACUAACAAUUUCUCUGAGCCGUACCAGUGCCAUGUUUGCUUUGUGAUCUGUGCUGUUCCAAAAGAAAAGUUUACUUUCAACUUUUGGAGAGGUUAAUGUACAUGCAGCUUCAUCCUUAGGACAAAUGCUUUCAAUAACAUACUGUCUUAAGUGCUGAACACCAAAGUAAAGCAGCACUUAGUGCUUUCAAAAGGCUUAAAAUGGAAUUUUUCUCCAAACAUUUCCUGUUUCUGUACCUUCAAAGUCUGAGAGAAGAUGAAAGUGGAAAUACUGACCAACUGAAUUAAUGAAUCAUUAAAAAAAAGUUUUUUCCUGCAUGUGUUUAUUGAAGGCAUUAAAAAAAGAAAUCCAUAGUAAGCUUGUAAAGUACUGUUUUACUCAAAAUAAGAGGAGGCAUUUUCAUCUUUGUUAAUGUAACUUUAUUUUACAUUGACGUUUUCAGCAUUAAGGAAGUUUAUCCUUGUCAGAAAUCAUGUUUGAUUUGUUUAUAGGAGAGUUCAGGAGUAGCAUAGUGGAAUAGUGUGAAUGGGUAUAAGUGGUCCAAAACUAAAUGAUGAACUACUAGAUUUUGCAAGGAACUGGCUUAUGCACUAAACGUUUUGUGCCUUGGUCUAAAAUUAACAUGAUUUCUGUUUAAAAGAAAAAGGAACAGAUGUCUUCUUUUGUGCUGCUUCUACAUACAUAAUUUCUAUAAUCCCAAAUUGCUGAAUUGGUUCUUUCCAGAAAAUCUGAUUGAGUUAAAGAUAACUGUAAACAUCUCCUGUCAUACUGACAGUUGCAACAUUUUCAGAGAUUUCAGUAUUGAAAAUGAUCUACAGAAGCUAAGAUUAUUUUGCUUACUGGUAACUAAGUUCUUUGAAAACCAUAUUGUGGUGGUUCUGUGCUUUUGUACAAUGGAUGUCUUAAACUGAGGACAGUUUAGGGGAUCCUUUCUAAUUCCAGGAAAGCGUUGCUUUUCUCAACACUGUGAUCUGAUCUGUGAUAAAUCUGUACUAUAUACAAGUGGCUAACAAGUCAACCACAAACUGAAUGUAAAAAUCUUAGUGCUGGUGCUGAAAUCUCUUCAGACAGUCAUAAUGAUUUCCAGUUCAUUGUUUUAAAAAGUUAUCAAGCAUCAAGUGUCAAUCAAAAACUGAAGAUGAUCACUAAUGAAUGUUGAAUUUUCAUGCAUUUAGGUUUACCUUCCUUUUAGUUUCUCAGUUCGUUCUCUGCUAUUUUUACCAUAUUGUGUCAUUUUAAAUUUCUUACAUGCUAACGUUUUGUUUGAGCGAAUGAAAUAAAAUUGCAAUAUAUA